GCAAGGGACCGACAGACGAGCAACAUCCACUCACACAGGCUCCUAGCACUGACAACAGAAGAUCAAGAUGCAGCGGUGCUUUGGGUUGUUUUGCGUGUCACUCGUACUCUGUGCAACUCUUUCCGAGACCAUUGGGCUGGUCAUUGCGGCUAAAGAGAAGCGGGGCUGGACCCUCAACAGCGCGGGCUAUCUCCUGGGUCCCCGUCGUAUUGAUCACCUAAUUCAGAUAAAGGAUGGCAGUGCGAGAGGCAGAGACGAGCUGGGCGCCCAAUAUGGCAUUGAUGGACACAGGUCACUGGGAGACAAGUCUGGUUUGGCUGGCAAGAGGGAAAUGCCACAGGAUGAGGAGUUCAGAACAGGUGCUCUGAGAAUACCAGAUGAAGAUAUUGUACACACCAUCAUUGACUUUUUAUCAUACCUCAAGCUGAAAGCAGAGAUCGGAGCGUUUGAAAACCUUCCUUCCUCUCUGACGUCAGAAGAGCUCGCAGAACGCUGAUCCUCUGCCUAGCUGUGCCUCAACCACCUUUUCAACCAAACAUCAUCAUUUCAACCCUUCUCUGAUCCCAUGUUAUCCAAACAACUAAAAAGAAAAAUCAAUUUUGAAGCUGACAAUGUUAGCUCUUUUGGCAAUUUAACAACAGAUUCUAAAUGUCUACCCUUGAUGCUAUAGAUUAGUAUAUAUUGAUUACAUGUUUGGCUUUAUUGUGAUUGUGAAAAUGAUAAAUGAUCUUCUCUAUUAUUGUCUGAAAAUAAAAGUCCCUAUAAUGUCCCAUGGAGGCCAAUAUGGGAGACAGAUGACGUCCAAAAGCUCUAUGAUUUGAAUGUGCUUUGGCUCGCAGCAAACUAUUCAUAGCCUAAUACUGUGUUACUUGAUAAUGUACCAUUAUCUGAUGUUCAAUAAAGGAUAAAA